AUGUCGCACAAGCUGAAGAGUCUUACGAAGCGGUUCAAGAAAGGGCCACCGACAGCUCCCUCUCCCGAAGCACUUUCCGGUGUGGAGUGGAGCCUAAAAGGUCGUUAUUCUCCACUGCCCACAACAGUUUCGGGCCGGCUGGAAGAAGCUCGCAAGGCGGGGUCUCAGUUACAAUUGCUGAUGGGUGAGCGUCAGGAUGGACGGCCGGGUCAGGAUGGCCGUGCGAGUCGUACGGAGAACGAGAAGGAUUCUUCGAACAGAAACGUGCUGGAAGCAGAUGGACCGCUGCGAGUCAAGUUGCAGUCCCUCUUAGUCCUGCUUCAAAAGGACGCGGCUAAGGCAGUCGACGACCGCCGAAUUUCCGAGUUCUCCAGUAUUAGUCGAGUCGUCGACGACAUACACCUGCUCCUAGACGCCCACGAAAACUGGGCCAAGUGCCAGACGGACAGCGAAGGUGGCCGAAAACGACUGGAUGACAGCGUAGAUGCCGACUCACCCUUGGCGAGAAAUAGCCGAAGACAAGACUCCCGCGGAGGCAGCACAGGUAGUCGCGGCGGCGGGAGCCAUGCCGGCCAGGAGUACGCCAGGCAAGAGUCGAGGCAAGAGUCAAGGCAAGAGUCGAGGCAAGAAUCCAGACAGGAUUCCAGGCAGGAGACUAGGCAAGACGUUAGACAGGAAUCGAGACAGGAGACGAGACAAGAAUCCAGACGGGAUACUAGGUCUCUUCGGGGUUCGCCAGACAGACAUCACUCCCUUCCAUUAAGGCAUGAACCGAAUGGUUUUCGGAGCUCUCCGGAUCCGCUUUUUCUGCGACAUCUCCGAAGGGAUCAACCUUUCCCCGAGACUCUCCGGGACAACCCAUGUAUGGGCAGUGCCACUGGUGCCAAUAGCGUCCGAACACAGGCCGAUCCCUUUCGACACGAGGCCGUGCUUCGUCCAGAUCCUUCGGUCAUCAGGUCUGAGGUUUUGCGACCAGAAGGAUUACGAGGUGAAGGAUUACGGCCAGAAGGAUUACGAGGAGAAGGGUUACGACCAGACGGGUUACGGCCAGACGGGUUACGGCCAGACGGGUUACGGCCAGACGGGUUACGGGCAGAGUCGAUACUGCGCUCGCGCGGCAUAGCUCGACCAGAAGGGGCGACUGGGGUCCGUCCUGAUGUUAGUUUUAGGACGGACCCGAUUAUAUUGCUUGGUGUCGAGGAUGAGGACGGCGCACUCCAAGACCGUGCGGAGACGCCCGGUUUUCGGCCAGAAGGAGGCAGAGCCGUAGAACAAGGUAGCAGCGAACCAGAUGCGUUGCGGAAGGUUGACCGACCACACGUUUUCGGACCGGACUCUCCUCCGCGAACUGCGAGUAUGAUGCGCGACUUGAGUGGUGUGCGCGACUUGAGUGGUGUGCGCGACUUGAGUGGUGUGCGCGACUUGAGCGGUGUGCGCGACUUGAGCGGUGUGCGCGACUUGAGCGGUGUGCGCGACUUGAGCGGUGUGCGCGACUUGAGCGGUGUGCGGGACUUGAGUGGCGAACGGUUAAGUGAACGAUUGGGUGGUGAGCGGAUAGAGAGGAGCGUGCUGGUUGAGCGGGCCAUGUUGUCGCCCAGCGGAGGUCCACGGGAGCUCGGUCCGAGAGAGAUGGGUCACCGGGAGAUUGCGCGGAUGUCGUCGGAUCCGCGGCGUUCACUAGUGGACCCGGUUGAAGGGCGGAAGCGCAACGCGAGCCACAGCAGCAGCACUGCGAGUGUAAUCAGUCCGCAGAUCGGGAAUGACGAGAUAGCGCGACUGCACCAGCGAAUUCAAGACUUAGAAACCAUUGUUCACGUCCAACGAGAGAAGCUGCGGGACUCGGAAGGCGUGGAGCAGCUCCGGCGGCUGUGGGCGAUGGAAAACAAUCGCGCGCAGAAGUUGGCGGAGCAGUUGCGGGAAAUGGAGACGGACCUCUUCCGUAAAGACGUCGUCAUUCGGAAUUUGCAGGACGCACUUCGGCGUUGCCCUCCCGACGACGGAAUUCUCAGCGACCUUGUAACGGCAGAUACCGGAGAGCCUGGCAGAACUGGCGACAUCCGCAGACACCUGUUCUUCGCAGACUCCGGACUCAUUUUUGAACAACAGGGGUCGCUCGAAAUCGGCUGCAAGAUCAGAUCCGACGGAAGCCACCUCAUCACGCGACUCUACCUCGGGAAUCUGAACACGGGAUGCUUAGACGACAUCAACGUCCAGUUCACCGCCCCAAGAGCUCUGACCAUCGUCCACGAAGACUUCCCCACCACCAUUCUUCCCUCUCAACAGGUCGCCAAGAAUGUUACACUCACGUGCCACGCCUUUUUUGCUGGCGCGCCAAUGCUCACCGUAUCCCUGAUGAUGCCGCAUUGUCAACCCAAGACCAUUACCGUGCCUCUGCCGAUUACCAUUGCGAGGUUCUGUCGGCCCGCCAACAUCACGGUGAAGGAGUACAAGCAGCUCACAACCGACAUCAAGUACACCUUAAACGAAGUUUCAGGCAUGUUCGCGGCCGAUCAGCCGCCGCGGAAGUAUCCUCUAGCCAAGUUGAAGGAGAAGAUGUUGUCGGCGGGGAUCUUCGAGUACCUGCCUGUGGCGGAGAACGAGACGGCGAAGCUGGUGUUCGCAACCGAGGCGGUGCUAGAAAACAGUGUCGACAAGUCGGUGGCGAUUUUGACUGUGCAGACUCCGGCACGGGCGCAGGGCCGCGUGUUGCUGGUUGUGCAGUCUAGCUCGAACCUGCUCAGCGAGGGCCUGUUCUAUGCAGUCAAGGCGCACUUGUGUUCCUGA